AUGUCUGAUUUAGCUAAUAAUAUGGAGAAUUUGAACAUAGGCGGUAAGCCUAAGAGUUCGUACGUCCCACCUCACAUGAGAGGCAAACGUGGAGGGGGCCAACAACAAUCCUUCGACGGAGGUUUCGAAGACAAUGACAGAGGGUCUUUCUCAUACUUUGGCGGUAGAGGUGGAAGAGGCAACAGAGGCUCUUCCUUCUUCGGUGGAAGCGGUGGAAGAUAUGGCAAGAACGGCAGUGGAAACGGCUUUGGAGGCUCUGGCCAAGGUAGAGCUCCCCGCGGUGUCGGUAAGUGGGUUAACGGAAAACACGUCCCAGCUGCGAAGAACGAGCAACUAGAAGUGCAACUUUUUGGUACACCUGAAGAUCCUGGCUUCCAAUCUUCCGGUAUCAACUUUGACAACUACGACGAUAUCCCUGUGGAGGCCACCGGUAAUGAUGUCCCAGAUCCUAUCACGGAAUUCACAUCCCCUCCUCUAGAUGCUUUGCUUUUGGAAAACAUUCAAAAGGCUCGUUUCACCAAGCCAACACCUGUGCAGAAGUACUCAGUUCCUAUCAUUGCAGCUGGAAGAGACUUGAUGGCCUGUGCUCAAACUGGUUCCGGUAAGACUGGUGGUUUCUUAUUCCCAGUUCUUUCGGAGUCCUUCGCAAAUGGUCCAGCUCCUAUUCCAGAGCAAGCAUCUUCUUUUUACGUUAAGAAAGCCUUCCCAACUGCGGUUGUGCUAGCUCCAACCAGAGAAUUGGCUACCCAAAUUUUCGAAGAAGCAAGAAAGUUCACUUACAGAUCUUGGGUUAGACCAUGCGUCGUGUACGGUGGUGCUGACAUCGGAAGUCAGAUCAAAGAAUUGAACCGCGGUUGCGAUCUAUUGGUUGCCACACCAGGUCGUCUUUCCGAUCUUUUGGAACGUGGUAGAAUUUCUUUGUGCAACAUCAAAUAUCUCGUUCUAGAUGAAGCCGACAGAAUGUUGGAUAUGGGUUUCGAACCUCAAAUUAGACACAUCGUUGAUGGUUGUGACAUGCCUUCAGUGGAAAACAGACAAACUUUAAUGUUUUCCGCUACUUUCCCAAUGGAUAUUCAGCACUUGGCCCGUGAUUUCUUGAAGGAUUACGUGUUUUUGUCCGUUGGUAGAGUUGGUUCCACUUCUGAAAACAUUACCCAAAACGUGCUUUACGUUGAAGAUGCCGACAAGAGAUCCGCUCUGCUAGAUUUGUUGGCCGCUUCUGACGACGGCUUGACCCUAAUUUUCGUCGAAACCAAGAGAAUGGCAGAUGCUUUAACUGAUUUCUUGAUCAUGCAAGACUUAAAGGCUACAGCUAUUCACGGUGAUCGUUCUCAGGGUGAGCGUGAACGUGCUCUAAAUGCCUUUAGAACUGGUAGAGCCAACCUCUUGGUCGCAACUGCCGUUGCAGCUAGAGGUUUGGAUAUUCCAAACGUUACUCACGUUAUCAAUUACGACUUACCAAGCGACAUUGACGAUUACGUCCACAGAAUUGGUAGAACUGGUCGUGCUGGUAACACUGGUGUUGCCACAGCCUUCCUAAACAGAGGUAACAAGAAUGUCGUCAAGGAUUUGGUCGAUAUCUUAACUGAAGCCAAGCAGGAAGUUCCACCUUUCUUGACGCAACUCGCUAGAGAAUCCUCCGGUGGUAGAGGUGGCAGAGGCGGCUAUCACUCCAGUCGCAGCAAUAACACCCGUGAUUACCGUCGUGUCGGCGGAGGUGGCUCUGGUAGCAGAGGUGGCUCCUCUUGGGGCAGUGGCAACGGUGGCAGCAGAGGUGGUUCCUCUUGGGGUAAUUCCUGGGGUAACUCCGGUUCUGGUUCGUGGGGUAACACAAGUACCUCCUCCGCAGGUAAUUCGUGGUGGUAA